AUGGUCAUCCUGAACCUCAUCCUCAACCUCAUCCUGUCCGCCUCGGCCGUCGAGCUCUCGGGCUACGACUAUGCCGUCGUCGGCGCCGGCGCCGGCGGUGGGCCCCUGGCCGCCCGCCUCGCCAUGGCCGGCCACCGCACCCUGCUGCUCGACGCGGGCCACGACGAGGGCGCCAACGUCAACUACACGGUGCCCGCCUUCUCGGCCAAGUCGUCCGAGGACGAAUCCAUGGCCUGGAACUUCUUUGUCCGCCACUACGCCGACGACGCCCGCCAGGCCCGUGACUACAAGACGUCGUACGAGACCCCCGACGGCCGCGUCUACACGGGGCUCACCCCGCCGCCCGCCGCCCGCAUGCUCGGCACCCUAUACCCGCGCGCCGCCACCCUCGGCGGCUGCACCGCCCACAACGCCCUCGUCACCGUCUACCCGCACCGCUCCGACUUUGACCACCUCGCCCGCCUCACCGGCGACGCCUCCUGGUCCGCCGACCGCAUGCGCCGUUACUUUGCCCGCAUCGAGAACAAACGCUACCUGCUGCCCGGCGCCCGCGGCCACGGCUCCGACGGCUGGCUGUCCACCGAGACGGCCCCGCUGACGCUCGCCCUGACCGACCCCCAGCUGAUGAGCCUCAUCCUUGGCGGCACCUUUGCCCUCGGAAACCUCACAGACGCCGUCGUCAACCUCGCCUCGGUCCUCGCCGGCGACGCCAACGCCGACUCGGCCCAGCGCGACCGCGACGGCGGCUACUUCCAGACUCCCAUCUCCUCGCGCGGCGGCCAGCGCGUUGGCGCCCGCGAGUUCAUCGUCGCCGUCCGCGAUGCAAAGAAGUCUGACGGCUCCAAGCGGUACCCGCUCGACGUGCGGACAAACUGCCACGUCACAAAAGUCGUUUUUGACGAGUCGGGCAGCGAGCCCCGCGCCACGGGCGUCGAGUUCCUCGACGGCGCCUAUCUCUAUCGCGCCAGUCCGCGCUCCAGGACAGCGGCCCAGGGCAUCCCCGGCUCGGUCACCGCCCGGCGUGAGGUCAUUGUGGCCGGGGGCGCCUACAAUUCACCCCAGAUCCUCAAGCUCAGCGGCAUCGGCCCCGCCCAGGAACUUACCCGCUUCGGCAUCCGGGUCGUCAAGGACCUGCCCGGCGUCGGCGCCAACCUGCAGGACCACUACGAGGUGGCCGUCCAGGGCCGGCUGCCGACAAACUUCUCCACGUUUCACGGCUGCACCUUUGGCCCGUCCGCCGCCGAAGACCCGUGCCUGCGCAAGUGGGAGCACCCGCUGCCCCUCAUCGGUAGCAGGGGCCCUUACGUCUCCAACGGCCUGCCCGCGUCGAUGCUUUUCAAGUCGUCGGCCGCGUCUGAGUACGACACUUUUGUCUUUGGCGGGCCCAUCGACUUCCGCGGUUACUACCCUGGAUACGGCGUCGACAUCACGGCCCGCAAGGACCUCUUCACCUGGGCCAUCCUCAAGGGCCACCCGCGCAACCGCGCCGGCUCGGUGACGCUGCAGUCGGCCGACCCGCUCGACAUGCCGCGCAUCACGUACAACUUCUUCGACACGGGCAGCGGCGACGCGGCGGCCGACGUGCGCGCGCUCCGCGAGGGCGUGAGGCUGGCGCGCGACGCCUUCCGCCGCCAGCUCGUCCCCGUCGCAGAGGUGCUACCCGGCGCGGGCAUCCAGUCGGACGAGGACAUUGAUGCCUACGUGCGCGACACGGCCUGGGGCCACCACGCCUCGUCGACGUGCCCCAUCGGCGCCGACGGCGACCCCAUGGCCGUCCUCGACUCGAGCUUCCGCGUCAGGGGCGUGCGCGGCCUCCGCGUCGUCGACGCCUCCGUCUUCCCGCGCAUCCCCGGCACGUUUACCGCCGUCUCGACCUACAUGGUGGGCGAGAAGGCGGCCGACGUGAUGUUACAGCAGAUGGAGAGGGCGUGA